AGACAGAGGAGAGGCACAGACAGAGGAGAGGCACAGACAGAGGAAAAGGACAGUGUUUUAAGUACCAUCAUCUGAUCAAUCGUCUGUGAGAGAAGAAGCGUUGAGAGACUUCGCUGUGUGUGCCACAAAAUCUGCAUAAGGACACAGACAGACGGACAGACGGUUGUGUGUGUGUGAAGAUGGCAGUGGAAGGUGCUGCAGGUCUCUGGGAGGUGUGAGCCCUGACUGACCCUCAGCCCAGUCCACCCCAUCCCUCCUGGUACAGAGCCCCAGGACCAGCCCCGCCCGGGAGUGAGGGAUGAGUCUGUUAAAGCCCAGUGGGCUGAAAGCCCCAGGAAGGGUCAACAAGCACUCCAGCCCUAUGGGUCGUAGCUCGGCAGCAACAACAGCGGCCCCCAAGGAAGGUUCCCCAUUGCACAAGCAGAAUGCUGCCGCCCCGGCCUCUGUGGCUGACCGGUUGGGCUCCAAGACCACGGAGGUGGGAGACGACUUUAUUGGGGACUUUACGGUCGGCGAGCGGAUCUGGGUGAACGGCGUGAAGCCCGGCGCCAUCCAGUUCCUGGGAGAAACCCAGUUCGCUCCGGGCAAGUGGGCCGGGGUGGUUCUGGAUGAGCUGGUGGGCAAGAACGACGGGUCGGUGGGAGGCGUCCGGUACUUCCAGUGUGAGGCUCUGCAGGGCAUCUUCACCAGACCCUCGAAGCUCUCCCGAUACCUGUCCACCGACGGCGGGGGCAGUGACACCCACUCGGCCGAGUCCGUGACCAUCACCCACCCGUCCCCCCAUCACGGCGCGGCCAACCCCACCCUCUCAGCCCAGAGGGUCAACUGUACUCUCCCGCUGAGGGAGAGCAUCCUCAACAACUCCAUGAAGACCGGCAACGAGUCGGGAUCCAACCUCUCCGACAGCGGCUCUGUGAAGAAGGGGGACAAGGACCUCAGGCUGGGAGAUCGGGUUCUGGUGGGCGGCACCAAGACAGGAGUGGUGAAGUACGUGGGGGAGACGGACUUUGCGAAGGGGGAGUGGUGUGGUGUCGAGCUGGAUGAGCCACUCGGGAAAAAUGACGGAGCUGUAGCCGGUACCAGAUACUUCCAAUGCCCACCCAAGUUUGGCCUUUUUGCUCCAAUUCACAAGGUCAUGCGGAUCGGCUUCCCCUCCACCACCCCGGCCAAAGCCAAGAAGAGCAAGAGGAUGGCCAUGGGCGUUUCGUCCCUCACCCAGAGCCCCAGCAGCUCCUCCAUCAGCUCCGUCAGCUCGGUGGCCUCGUCUGUGGGCGGCAGGCCAAGCCGCACAGGACUGCUGACGGAGACGUCCUCCCGCUACGCCAGGAAGAUCUCGGGCACCACAGCCCUGCAGGAGGCUCUGAAGGAAAAACAGCAGCACAUCGAGCAGCUGCUUGCUGAGCGAGACCUGGAGCGAGCCGAGGUAGCCAAGGCCACCAGCCACAUCUGUGAGGUGGAGAAGGAGCUGACAGUGUUGAAGGCUACACACGAGCAGUUCGUGGCCGAGGCUGAGGCUAAUCUCCAGCGUGUGGGAACCCUGCUAAACAAUGCGGAGAGACAAAAGGUGGAACUACUUAACACACUGGAGGAGGAGAAGAGGAAGAUUGAAGAUCUGCAAUUCCGAGUGGAGGAAGAGUCGAUCACUAAAGGGGAUCUGGAGACACAGACAAAGUUGGAGCAUGCCCGUAUUCGGGAGCUCGAGCAGAGGCUCGUGUAUGAAAAGGCCAAAGCUGAGCGACUCCAAAAGGAGUUUGAAGACACGAGGCUCACGACCGAAGCUGAGAAGUCCAGGAUUGCCCAACUCGAGGAGGAGCUGGAGUUGAGGAGGAAGGAGAUGGAGGAGCUGCAGUUGGGGCUGAGAGACAGUGACAAUCCCGAGCACAGCCUCAGUCUCCAGUCCGAGACCUUCAAACUACGGGAGCAACUCCUGUGUGCCAACAGGGAGCAUCAAGUGGAGAGCAACACCCUGAGGGAGCAGCUUGAGAGCAAGGUGAAGGAGCACCAGCAAGAGACGGAGAGGCUGAAGGCUGCCAACACCAAGUACAGCCAGGAUAUCACAGAGUUAAGGCAGCGACUGGACCAAGCCACCAAGGAGAACAUGGAGAUGAUGGACGGCUGGAAGGACAAGUUGGACAACUUGGUGUCUGACCACCAGAGGUCGCUGGAGGAGCUGAAGCUCUCGUUGAUCUCGGGCUCGGACGGGCAGAACAGUGAGCUGGUGGAGCUCAGAGCUACACUGGAGAGCUUGAAGAUGGAGCAGCAGCUGGAGCUGGAGAACCUCAAAGCCAAGCAUGAGAUCGAGACGGCCGUGUACAUCAAGGAGAGAGAGGAUGCCAGAGACAAGUUACAGGAAGCCAAGAGCGAGCUGGCGGAACAUAACGAUGUCUGGAGAGCCCAACUGGAGGCCGCCACCAGUCAACAGAACCAGGACCUCCUGAUGGUCACCGAUCAGCUGCGCAAGACCCAACUGAGACUGAACGAGCAGGAGGAGCUGCGAGACGGCUACAAGACCCAAGCCCAGGCCAUCAGCUUCCUGAAGGAGCAGAUCUGUCUGGCCGAGAGGAAGAUUCUAGACUAUGAGGUCCUGCAGCAGUCGGAGGCUCUGGCCAAGCAGCAGGUCUGGAGUUUGCAGGAGACGCUGAGAGCCUCCGAGAGUAAGAUCAAAGCCCUCGAAGCUCAUCCCCCACCUCAGCCUGUGGAGUGCAACGACUGGCCGAAAGAGAAACAGCACAUGAAACAGGCCAUGGAAGACCUGUUCGAAAAGCUCAACAGAAGGGAAAAGGAAGUUUCCUCGGUGACUUCGCAGAACGAGUUAUUGAAAUCCCAGGUGAUUGCUCUGGAAGGGAGGAGCCGCGGGGCGGAAAAGCGGGCGGAGAUGCUGGGCAGAGAGAAGGGACGACUGGAGGGAGAGCUGGAGAGUCUGGCCCGCAAGUCACACGAUGCUUCAGGGCAGCUGGUCAUCAUCAGCCAAGAGCUGCUCAAAAAGGAGAGCAACCUGAAUGAGCUGCGUUCUCUGCUCCUGGAGACCAGCCGGCAGCCGGGAGCCGGGGAGAGGGAGCUGAGCCGUGAGGUGCACAAAGCCGAGUGGAGGCUGAAGGAGCAGAAACUUCAGGAGGACAUCAAGGUCCUGAGGGAGAAACUGCAGGUUCUCGGAACAGAGAAGUUUAAACCAGAUCAGAAGCGCCGCCCGGCCUCUCUGCAGGGUCCGGAGCCUGACUCAGAAAUUUCCAAACUGCAGCAGCGGCUACUGAACACCGAGGAGACCCUGCGCAGUGCCCUGGAGCAGAACCAGCAGCUGGAGAAGCUCAUGGAGGCCAUGCAGACGCUGGAUAGCGCUGGAUCUGCUAACGGGGUCCACCAACAGGGACAGCUGGACCUUGUGAGAGAAACCAGGUCCUUCAAACAAGAGCAGGACUGCCCCCGACAGCGAUCCCCACAGCGACAGCUCGACCCCAACAGAACCAAACAGCUGUUAGUGACGGAGAACAGGAGAAUAGAGAAACUCUUCAAGGAAAUAGAAGAGAUGAGUGUUUGCGCGUCGCCCGAGUCACUGAAGGCAGCGGCCGAUCUGCCCACCAGACAAUCCUCGAACGACCACGACGAGACCCUGGACAAGGACCUGCACUGAUGAAAGGACAAGUCACAGCGACUCCAUCUCCGUUGCCCGUCUCACAACUUCGCCG